AUGUCAUUCCAAGCCAAACGCUUCCGACCAACAGUGAACUCCGCCUCCACCCUCGGCGAACGGUUGGGUGCCAAAUAUCGUGCACAUCUCAAAAAACACCCAUUCCUACUCUUCGGUCUGCCUUUUAUUGGCGUCAUGCUAGCCGGGUCCUUCAUCCUCACUCCCGCGACGGCAUUGAGAUACGAGCGCUUCGAUCGGAAAGUCCAGCAAGUGAGUCAGGAAGAGGCGAUGGGGCUGGGCCUGAAGGGACCGGAUGGCGAUGAUGCACAGGUCAAACGGAAUCCACGACGGAGAGUGCUGGGGAGUGAGAAGGAGGAAUAUUAUAAACUCAUGGCCAAGGAUCUUGAUAACUGGGAACAAAAGCGCGUACAGCGAUUCAAAGGCGAACCGGAUGGUAGAUUAUAA